AUGACGGAAUAAAAUUUGGGUAAAUUAGUGAGUAGUGAUUCGUACAAUAAUAUAAAGAAUGAAGAGGGGAAGAAGAGUGAAGUAGUAGAAGAGAAUCUAUAGACAACAUAGAAAAGAGGUCAACCUAAGAUUAAUAUUAGUCGUUUACCUCCAGGUUUUGCAAACUAAAAGAGAGUAAUAUAAUAGCAAUAAAAGGAAUAGAAAAAGCAAAUAGAACCUUUGAUAAUAAAUUAGAAAUAACAAUAAGUGUAAUAAAAUAUCCAGAACAUUGAGGCUAUACAGGAGUACAAAUAGGUGAGCCAGAUGCUAGAUCCUCUGAAGGCAUUAAUUAUUCAUGAAAUUCUAGCGUGAGAAGAGCAAUAAUUUGAAGAAUCCAUUUCCACACUUUCGUCAGUAUAUGAAGGACCAAAGGAAAAUUUAUGAUGAAUUAUAAUUGAGUAUAAGUAGUUUGGUUCAAAGUUAAAUAAGG